GAGAAAUUAAAUAAGCUAAAAACUUUUUAUGCUGACUAUAUUAUUAUACUUACUCAAUACAAUUUCAGGUGUCGAGUUCGAUACUAUACCAGACACAAAGGGAGUCCCCUUAGUGGCUGAUAUGUCUUCAAAUUUUAUGUCCAAGAAAGUUGACGUCUCGAAGUUCGGCGUGAUAUAUGGUGGAGCUCAGAAGAACAUCGGUACCGCUGGCGUAGUGCUUGUAAUAGUAAGAGAGGAUCUCCUCAAUCAAGCCCUUCCAAUCUGUCCAUCCAUUCUUGAUUGGACUGUUAAUGCUAAAGCAGACUCUAUUCUCAACACGCCACCUAUGUUUGCAAUUUUAGUAAUGGGAAGAGUCUUGCAAUGGAUCGAAAGAAAGGGAGGUUUAAAUAAAAUGGCUGAAUUGGCCACGAAGAAAUCUUCCCUAAUUUAUAAUAUUAUCAAAGAUUCAAAUGGGUUUUACUACGCACCAGUCGCUGAGAAAGUAAGAAGUAAAAUGAAUAUCCCAUUCCGGAUUGGCUCUGCAACCGGCGAUGAUGGACUUGAAAAGGAAUUCUUAAAGGGCGCUGAAGCCUUAAACCUAAUUCAACUUAAAGGACACAGGGACGUCGGAGGAAUUCGUGCUUCAACAUACAAUGCAGUCACGUUGGAAGAAGUCCAAACUUUGGCCACCUACAUGAAAGACUUUUACAAGAAACAUGCUAAGUAAAUUAUAAGUACUUAUAUAGGUAGGUACGUAUACCGAUACCGACGAUGGUAUUUGUUACAAAAAAUAAGCUCUUAUUUUGAAUUUCCAUGAUUUAUUUAAGUAUUGUAUUGUCUGUAUGUAAUAUUUUUUAUACCUGUUUUUUCGAUGUAAGCUAGAGACGUACAGUCAGCAAUAAAGAUAGGUUUGCAUACGCCAGUAUAAGCGAUUAUGGGCGGGUGCAAACUGCAAACCUAGUUUUGUUGCUGACUGUACAUUAAAUAUUUUGUGCGUCUGUUCUAAUUAAGCAUAAGUUUCUGUAAUAAACAAUUUUUUU